AUGGAGGGCUACGUGGAGGGCUUCAUCGACUUCGAAAUGAUUUGUUUUGUAAACGGCCGAAUGGCCAUUAAGCACUGGAAGUGCUUUGAGAAAUCUUUUAAACGAGAACACCUAGACAAGUGUGUUUGCCAUGAGCGUAUUGCACUUGGGUUUUGCCGGGAAGGACAUCCAAGUCGCUUUGAGGUAUUGAACAGUCUUGGUCGUUAUGUCUUCACGCGAUUCCAUUUAUAUGGAAGAAUAGAAGACCUGGAAGAGGCCGUUGAGCGCCACUGUGCCGCCUUGGAGCUUUGCCCAGAUGGACAUCCUAGUCGUUCCAGGUGUCUGUCUGGCGUUGCGGCUUCCCUGGCAAAUCGAUUUAAAGAGGUUGGUCAGAUUGAGGACCUUAAUAGGGCCAUUGAGUGUCUUCGUACUGCCCUGCAAAUUUACCCAGAUGACGACCCCAAACGUGCCAUGUUCUUAAAUGACCUUGCCGCUUCCCUUGAAAUGCGAUUUGAACAGCAUGAACGGGCUGCAGACCUUCAAGAGGCCAUUGAGCACCAGCAUACCACCCUGAACCUUUUACCCGACGACCAUAUCAUCCGUCCUGCAACUCUGAAUAACCUCGCAACUCUCCUGAAAAUUCGAUUUGAGCGGAAUGGACAGACUGCAGACCUUGAUGAGGCCAUUGAUCAUUGUCGGACGGCCAUGCGACUUUGCCCCAGCGCCCGUCCCGAUCGUCAUAUCUAUCUAAGUUGCCUUGCCACUUGCCUUGAUGCCCGAUUUAAGCAGUGUGGACGGGCAGCAGACCUCGACGAGAACAUUGAAUAUAGUCGUGCUGCGUUGGAUCUUUGUCCUGACGGUCAUUCCGAUCGUUACUUGCCCCUGCACAAACUUGCAGUUUCGCUGCUAACUCGAUUUGGACAGUAUGGAAAGACUGCCGACCUUGAUAAUGCUGUUGAAUGUUUUCGUGCUGUCCUGGAGCUUUGCCGUAACGGGCAUCCCUUUCGUCCUAAAUCGCUUAGUAGCCUUGCCACUUGCCUUCAAAGUCGUUUUAAACAUUAUGGUCGAACUGCGGACCUUGACGAGGCCAUUGGCUACCAUCGUGCUGCCCUAGAUCUUUUCGCCAAAGACCAUGAAAGUCGUUUCCUGUCUCUGACGAACUUUGCGGGGUCACUGACGACUCGAUUUGAAUACUAUGGGCAGAUAGCAGAUCUUAAUGAAGCCAUCGAGAAUCAUCGCGCUGCUGUAGAUCUUUGCCCGAGUGGUCAUCUUAAUCGUUCCUUGUCUCUGGAUGACCUUGCGAAUUGCCUUCGGAUCCGAUUUGAACGACAUGGACAGGUUGCAGAUCUCGAGGAGGCAAUCAAGCAUAGCCGUACUGCUUUGGAACUAUGCCCUGAAGAUUAUCCCGAACGUCCUGGAUUUCUACAUACCCUUGCAUCCUCCCUUAUGUUUCGAUUUCAACAAGACAAUGGUCAAUCUGUAGAUCUGGAUGAGAUCAUCAAGUAUCAACACGCUGCUCUACAACGCCCUGAUGAUCAUCCCUGUCGUCCCGUAUCUCUAAAUAAUCUCGGAGGUGCACUUUAUCUUCGAUUUGAACAGCAUAGACGGGCAGCGGAUAUUGACGAGGCCAUCGAGUGUCAUCGUACUGCCCUGCAGCGUUUCCCGGAAGGCCAUGCCCUCCGUUCCUCAUCUCUGCACAAUCUCGCUCGUUCUCUGGUCUCUCGAUUCGAGACGUUUGGACUCAUCGAUAAUUUCGAAGAGUGUAUGCAAUUACUCGAACGUGCAACCAAGCAUGAAUUUUCUAGCCCGGUGGCCCGUGUAGAGAUCGCCAUCCAUUGGCCUAACAUUGCUCGACGUCAUGCUCACCAUGCCACAUCAGAAGCGUACAAGGUGGCAAUAAGGCUCCUCCAACGUGCCCUCAUUAUUGGUCCUACUCUCCAUGCCCAGCACGACUUCCUCAAAGGGAAAAGUAACUAUACGACACUCACGUUACAUGCAGUGGCAUAUGCGGUACAUGAGAACAGGCUUAAGAAGGCUAUAGAAACACUUGAACAAGGAAGGGGCUUACUCUGGUCACAGAUGCGUGGUUUUAGGACACCUCUAGAGCGCCUUGCGGAAAGGGAUGGAGCACUUGCUGACAGGUUGAGGGAAGUUAGUCAGCAGCUGGAGAAUCUUGCGACAUCAAAUACUGUGUUUCAGUCCAAUUCAGGUCAGGAGGAGCUUAUCGACAAGAUUCGUCGAAUUCCUGGGUUCGAGGACUUUCUUGCAGCUACUCCAUUCAAAGUUCUCCAGAGGGCAGCUUCAGAGGGUCCGGUGGUUGUGAUUUACGCUUCCAAAUAUCGAUCCGAUGCACUCAUUGUCCUCCCCAGCGAGAACUACCCAGUCGUCUGUGUCCCAUUAGACGGAGAAUUCUACGAGGAUAGCACCACAUUGUGUGUCAAUCUCUUGCAUACCCGAGUGAAUUCCAAAAUUUACUCUCCUGAAUAUGACUCAAUACUGCGCCGAGUAAUGAGGAUGCUAUGGGACAGAGUCGUCUCCAAGGUCGUCACCAAACUUGAGGAGCUGGGGAUUCCCAAAGGAACGCGGAUCUGGUGGUGCCCUACGUCUUUACUUUCUACUCUUCCAUUCCAUGCAGCAGGGCCGUUUGAGGAUGCGGAUGGUACCGUGAAGUAUUUCUUGGAUGACUACAUAUCGUCAUAUACCCCGACACUCGGAGCUCUCAUCAAUGCCCGGUCGAGGGAACGGAAAAACACUGGCAAUCCUGAAAUGCUUGUCAUUGGUGACACCGUUACCCUUACAUCGACCGGGACUGAACUUCGUGAGAUCCGGACGAACACCGGGAGUUAUGUUUCUUCCCGCACAGAGCUUCUCAACGAGAGGGCGACUCGCGGCAGAGUGUUGAAACGUCUACAGAAAGUCACGUGGGUCCAUUUUGCCUUCCACGGACAUUUGGGUUCGGGAUCGCUUGACUCUUCUUUCACGCUCUCUGAUGGCGGAUUGACAUUGCUUGAUACCAUGCGAGCUAACAUUCCAAACGCCGAGUUUGCAUUUCUCUCUGCUUGUCACACUGCUGAACAAGAUCUAUUCGCCCCACUCGAUGAAGUGCUCCACUUAGCCGCCGCUGUACAGUACUGUGGGUUUCGAAGCUACGAAGACGGUGAAGUGAUACACAAGCGGUCCGCAUCCGCGCUCCGCAAAGCUGUCUUGAAGUUGAGAAAAGAGGAGGGUGUCCAGACGGAGCGAUGGGUUAAUCUAGUGCACAUUGGUGCUUGA